AGUUGACGUGCUGCUAUCAUUAACCAGGCUGGCAAAUUUCUUUCAGUGUCCCGUGUGGCGCAUGCCACCUUUAGUCAGGGUCAUGGUGUUUGUCCAUUUUUUAUUGGUGGGCUGCCAGCUUGCUGUUAUUUCUUGGCUUAUUGCCUAUUGGUCAGAUUCAUGUGACCAAUGAGGGGCCAAGAACCACAUUUACAUGUGAACACUGGCAGCGUUCUGACAAAAACAACUAUCAAAUGGUGCCCUGCUCUCAGCCAGGCAGAAAUUCUGUACCAGCCUGCAUAAUGUGUCAGAAGAAAAAUUAAAAUUUUCAUGGCAUAAUCACUUCAAAGCUCUGCAGUCUGCACUUGCUAUAAAGAAAAUGAUGAUAAGAUAAUAUGUCACUUAUUCCCUGGUCACCCUGUUGUAUCUUCAGAAUCAUUCCCAGCGAUGAGUGACACAGAGGAGCAGGAGGUGCCGGACGGCCCCGUGGAGAAUGCCUGGGCGCUGAAGGUGCCCGAGUUCAAACCGGAGCACAAUCCGCACGGCGUGCUGGAGACCAGCUCGUUCGCCACCCUGUUUCCCAAGUACCGCGAGGCCUACCUGCGCGAGGUGUGGCCGCUCGUGCAGAAGGCGCUGGAGCCCUACUUCAUCCGCGCCGAGCUGGACGCCGUCGAGGGCAGCAUGACCGUGUCGACCACGCGCCGCACCUGGGACCCGUACAGCAUCAUCAAGGCGCGCGACCUCAUCAAGCUGAUGGCGCGCAGCGUGCCCUACGAGCAGGCCGUCAAGGUGAUGCAGGACGAGGUCAGCGCGGAUAUCAUCAAGAUCGGCUCGCUGGUGCGCAAAAAGGACCGCUUCGUGAAGCGCCGCCAGCGACUGAUCGGCCCCAACGGCUCCACGCUAAAGGCGAUCGAGCUGCUUACCAACUGCUACGUUCUGGUGCAGGGUAACACGGUGGCCGCACUGGGUCCCCACAGAGGACUCCAACACGUGCGGCAGAUCGUCGAGGAGACUAUGAACAACAUUCACCCCAUCUACAACAUCAAAGCGCUCAUGAUUAAGCGUGAGCUCGCCAAGAAUCCACAGCUGAAAAACGAGAAUUGGGAUCGCUUCUUGCCUAACUUCAAGAAGAAGAACACCACCAAGCGGAAGCAGCCGCUGAAGAAGAAGGAGAAGAAGGCGUACACGCCGUUCCCGCCACCGAUGCCGGAGAGCAAGGUGGACAAGGAGCUGGCCAGCGGACAGUACUUCAUGCUGGAGAAGCAGCGGAGGGCGGCCAAGAAAAAGGAGCAGCGCGAGAAGAUGGCUCAGGAGGCUGCCAAGCGGACCGAGCAGCGCAACAAGGUCUACCAGCCGCCCAAAGAGCCCACCAAGAAACCGCAGAAGAAGAAGGACGACCAGAUCGACGUGGAGGCUCUCAAGGCCAAGGUGAAGAAGGCGCAGAAGAAGAAGAAACGAGCCGAAACGUGAAAAGGUACUGGUUACUUGGGGUGUGGGGAUUUCGACUUGUCAUUGCGCGAUUUGUACGUAAUGUGUAUUGUUAUGGAAAUGUGCUUUGAAUGGUGUAUUGGUGCAUUUGAACGGUGUAAACUUUUGCAUGUUACUGGCUUCGACAUCGUGAAUAUAGAGGUGCGUCGUGUGACGUUAGUUAAA